AUGUCUACACAUUCCUUGACGGACGCUGUCGAGGCUGCAAAGCAGCGCUAUACUGAAGCCAACCCUACCUCAAAGGCGCUCCAUGAGGAAGCCACACUGUCGCUGCCCGGAGGCAACACGAGGACCGUUCUGCAUGCAGGCCCUUUUCCGAUUUACAUGAAAUCAGGCAAGAAUCACCAGGUUAUAUCAGAAGAUGGCAAGACGUACACGGACCUGCUGUGCGAGUUCACAGCCGCAUUAUACGGCCACUCCAACCCCAGGCUUCAAGAGGCAAUCACCAAUGUCGUUCAGACCAUUGGCAUGAAUGUGGGCGCCAACACCCGGCAGGAGACCCUCUUUGCCCGUGAAGUGUGCUCCCGCUUCGCCCUCGAGCGUGUGCGCUUCGCCAACUCGGGCACAGAAGCCAACCUCCACGCCCUAGCUGCUGCAAGGUUGUUCACGGGCAAGCACAAGGUGGUGUCGUUCUCAGGCGGGUAUCAUGGCGGUGUCCUUGGUUUCAGGGGCGGAGCCCCCGCGAAGAACAACGUCGACAAGCAGGACUGGGUUGUGGCGCGCUACAACGACCUGGAGAGUGCCAAGGCAGCUAUCAAGACGGAGGGCGUUGCAGCGGUCAUCGUGGAAGGCAUGCAGGGUGCCGGAGGGUGCUUUGCUGGCACGAUCGACUUCCUCAGGGGCGUCCAGGAGGCAGCUCAUGAUGCUGGUGUUCUCUUCAUCCUCGACGAGGUCAUGACUUCGCGGCUGUCGUCUGGCGGUCUUGCGCAAAUGUAUGGCCUCAAGCCCGAUCUGAAAACGUUUGGGAAGUGGCUCGGCGGCGGUCUCGCCAUCGGCGCCUUUGGCGGCCGGGCUGACAUUAUGGCUGCCUUUGAUCCCCGUCUCAGCACCUCAGUUGCCCACUCAGGCACGUUCAACAACAAUACGCUCGUCACUCACGCCGGGUACACCGGCCUCAAGGAGCUCUACACCUCAUCCGAGGCCGAGAGGUUCACCCAGGUCGGCGAGGCCCUGAGGGCGAAGUUGAACGAAGUAAGCAGUGGAACGAGGAUGUGCUUCACAGGCCUCGGCACCAUUAUGGCUGUGCACAUCACCAAGUGCGGCACUAGGGAGAUCCUGAGAGCAAGUGAUGUUGAGGAGGAUCAGGUCAUGAUGGAAUUGUUUUGGUUUGAGAUGAUCGAGCAGGGCUUCUGGCUCGCGAAACGAGGCUUCGUGGCGCUGAUUUUGGAGACGCCGCAAGAGGAGUUGGAUCGCUUCGUUGGGGCGGUUGCCACGUUUGUGGGCAAGUACCGUAGCGAGUUGUCAUUGUGA